CUCGAAAUUGACGGUGUCCACAAACACGCGCAAAUUGCCGCUCGUCGUUCUUUCCUCAAUCGUUGUUGUUCCUUCCGUAUUCGUGGGGCGCUUGCCCGGUUUCAUACACUAAACUUUGUGUACGCGUUGCAGCGCCGCGUGCAUUGGCGAAGACAGAUAUAAAAGUCCGACUCAAAUUUCAAAUACUUUGUUCUUCAGUUUCACCUUUGAGCGCUUGCGUCAUUGCGUACAUUGCUGCCGGAGCAACUGCAAGGCGGUCACGCCUUUCACCAACACCAUUGUCGAACCAUCGACACGUCAUCUUGGAAGUCAUGUCGACUGCGUUGACAUCAACCGAGACGUAUUCACUGCUCUCUUUGUCGCUAGCAUGUGUGGGGAUUUUGGCAAACACGCUUCAAGGCGAAGGCGAACCACUCAUUGCGUCCAUAGCCUUUAGUGGAUUGGCAUUUGCAACCAGCUAUGCCUUGAUACGAUGGCUUGGAAAUGCUUUUAUAAGACGUGGGUUCAAGGGGAGGGAUCUGUGCAAGCUCAAGCAGACCGAGAUUCCAGAGACCAUGGGUGCAGUGUGCGCGGUGGUCUAUCUAUUCAUCCUGUAUGUGUUCGUUCCUUGGCCGUUCUACAAAGAUAUCGUCGUAGCAACAUCGGGCGGAGGAAACCGAGAUGUCAUUAUAGAACUGGAAGAGGUGGAAACAGGCAGACUGCUCCACAGAUUUCCUCACAACAAACUCGCGUCGUAUCUUUCAGCCAUUCUCUCUCUUCAGAGCAUCGUCUUGCUGGGUAUAGGCGACGAUCUGUUCGACAUCAGAUGGCGGCACAAGGUGCUGAUCCCGGCCAUUGCUGCUAUUCCGAUGCUCGUUGUGUACUUUGUGGACUUUGGCGUCACUCAGAUGGUCGUUCCAGUACCUCUGAGACCCUACCUGGGUGAGCUCUUUGAACUUGGCUGGUUCUACUACAUUUACAUGGCACUCAUGUCCAUCUUCUCCUCCAACAGCAUCAACAUUCUCGCAGGCAUCAACGGCAUCGAAGUCGCCCAAUCGCUAGUGAUAGCUGUCUUGAUUGCCCUCAACGACGUUCUCUACCUCUCACCAUUCACAGCCUACCCGCAUCCAGCAACUGACUCGCAUCUAUUUUCCUUGUACCUCCUCCUCCCGUUCAUCGGUGUAUCACUAGCUCUGUUGAUGCACAACUGGUACCCUGCCAAGGUGUUUGUAGGCGACACGUACUGCUACUUUGCCGGCAUGGUGUUUGCCGUUGUCGCCAUUCUGGGACACUUUAGCAAGACGCUAAUCCUCCUCCUCCUUCCUCAAGGAUUCAACUUUGCGUACUCGGCACCUCAACUAUUCCAUCUUAUUCCCUGCCCCCGACAUCGGCUCCCGCACUUUAAUGCACGGACAGGGCUGCUGGAGCCCUCGCGCGUCGAGUUUCAGAAGCCAUUGCGGAGACCGAUAGCGGAGAGUCUGAAGGUACUGCACCGGCUUCGGCUGCUGGAUGUUGAGAUUGACGACAAAGGGCAGGUCGUGUCGUCGUCUAAUUUCACAUUGAUCAAUUUGUGGUUGGUGUGGUUUGGGCCCAUGCGGGAGGAUCGUUUGGCGAUGGGGUUGUUGGUUUUUCAGUUUGCAGUUGGGAGUUUAGGUUUGUUUGUGAGGCAUCGCAUGGCGUUGCUCAUCUUCACGGCAGAUAACUGGUAGAGGGCGAUUGUGUUUUGUAGAGCAUUGGAUGGCGUUGUAUUGCAUUUGUGGCGGAUUAUUUGUUGGCCUGUUCUAUCGUCUGUACAAUACAAUGUAUACCUCCAUACUGGAUUGAUUCGAUAUAACGAGAUCGGCCUAGACGUCCAGAUCAGUCAGCCACCCGUUCAUCGAACAGCGAAUCGCCCAACUGCCAGACUCGCUGACUCUGCAUGGCAAGGC